AUGUUAAUUGCAACCUUGAACUCGUCUCUACUCCAAAAGUUUUUAACGCUUUAAACUUUCACGUACAUAGCAGAGAACAAAACCUUUAUUGCCAAAAGUGUGCAUAAUGCAGGCAGGCAGUAAUAUCUAUGCAUGAGGAGGUUAAUCAACCAGACCACCAGUACGUACAGUAGAAGAGAGGGGAUAAUAUCAUCCAGUUAGCAAUUUAAUAAUACGAGUGUGUGCUUGCUUUUGUUGUAUAAUAGCAAAUAGUUUUUGUCCCGUCGUAAUAAUCCAUCCGCAUCCUGGUUGGGGAACUGCAGUGAAUUCGAAUUGUGUUGUCAUUCCGAUUUCAUAAGUAUUCCGUGCUGCUGCUGCGCUGGAUUAUUCCAGAUCAUAAAUUAUUUUAAUCAAAAUAAUAUUUACUCGGGCAAACAAACUUCAUCAUCAUCAUCUUCAUAGCAAGCACGGCACGGCAUGUUUUCCAGCUUAAUAAAUUCCUGCAUAAUAAUAAUAAUAAGCCUGCAAUGAUUCAUGUUGCGAGGAGGAAUUAUGUGUCCAAAAAGUAAUGUCGAAGUGAAAUUGUUGCCCAUCGUGUUUUUGCAAAUUUUUCUCGUUUUCUCGGGCGUUCGUGGGAGGUGGAAUGACACCUACGAUAAGUACGACUUGGCCUAUUUGAGACGCGAUUAUUUGGCGAAAUACUGUCCAACAGAGAACUUGUUUCUGAACUGCAGCAGCCAAAAACCACCCGGCCUGUCAUUUCCCAACCUACCCGAAAACAUUACGAGUGAAGAAUUCUCGGACAAGUUCCAUGGUCAGAUUCAGUCCUGGUGUGAAUCUUCAUGGUCAUCGCAGCGAGAUUGUGAGAGGCAGAGGGAGCAAUUCGUGGAUUCCUGCUUCCUCACAUUUCCAUCCAGUUCGGUUGGAUUUGAUUUAAUUUCUGCCCUUUUCGAGGCUGCGUGUCGCCAGAAAAACAAUAAUGAUAAUGCUACAUCAUCAUCAUCACCGAUUGCAUAUUUGGUAAUCCUCAGGAGAAACUUGCGUCACUGGUGGUACAAUGAGCGUGAUGUGGUCUCCUGUUUCAACGAGAUUAGUCUGGAGUACUAUAAACGGGACAUCAACAUGGUGCUAAACUGUCUCAAGUAUCAACUCCGCUACAGAAAUUGUGUAACAAACGAGCACGGUGGCGAAAUGAUCAAAUGCGAUAAUUUAUUUCAAAAACUUGCCGAAGCCGUGAAAUCAUCGUACUCAAGUUCUGGCUACGUUUACCUAACAAGCUAUAACUUAACGUUAAUUAACUCUGAAAAAUUCCCCGUUGUCGGUGACCUUGCCACCCUUGGAGGGAACAGCAACACGCCUUGUACUUCGGGAGGGUUUGCCUAUAUCGCAUUUUUCUCACUUUUGGUCCUCAUCGUAAUCACACUCGGACUGUUUUUGUCAGUAAAAGUGAAAUGCAUCAAUGCAACGCAGUGGCGAUAUCAGGCAGGAGGAGGGGUGCGCCACCAAGAACUCGUCCAACAAGGCAGGAACUCCAUCGAGAUGUAAUCGCUACCAAAUUAUGACAAGAAACCUAUUGGCGGCGGAAGCAGGGGGACAUUGGGGGGACAUUGGGGGGACAUUGUCCCCCCAGAUUAUCUGGGGCCCAGAAAUUUGGCAAAAUCGCGUUAAUAAGUCCCUCCUCCUCCAAUUCCACAACUGCUAACGUCCCCACAUGUCCCCCCCAACUUCCGCCGCCACUGAACAAGCCUACCUCAACUCACUGUUGACUUUACUUGAUUGCUUUUUGGGGCGAGAGAGUGCCUGCUGCAUUAUUCGAGUAGCGUGCCCUUGCCUUGAGCUAUCAAGUGAAACAGAAGCCGGUCUCAGCAUUUUGUUUUACACUGCAAUUAGCAAAUGUCUGUUUAUUGAUAAAACUCGAUAAAUUAAUGUCAACAUUGGAUAAACCUUGGACUGUCGAAAAUUUUUAGAGUGUGUAAGUGUAAUACAUAUAACACCUCGAAUCUACGCAGAAAUAUUUCGACCUGAAUUUGCCAACGACAAACCCUUGAAUUUUGCACGCUAAAUAUUUAUUAAUGCCCAAAAACUGCGCCAUGUCCGCUAUCGUGGGAAAUAAAAUGUUGGUUGAUUACUUAACUUUACGCACUAAAUUAGUGCCGUCGUUUCAUGUAAAUUCCUCUCUUCCACAAAAGUAUUACUAGAUUUUAGACGUUGUGCAAUUUAAAAAAUGUCAUGGUCAGUACAUAAGAAAAAAAGACGAAAACGAUUGACUAUGGAGUAUUUAUGACCAAUCCUUCAUUAUUACCUUGUUUCACGAACAGAUGAAUUAAAUAUUAAACAAUCAAAAACUAAAUAAGAGACCGACCAGCUA